UAAAGCAGUAUGCGAGUCAGGUCAUAUAACAAUGACAGUGAUCACGAUUUGUCGCUGUGUUGUUAAUGGACUCGACUGUCACGUGAGACCUGUUAUAAAAAUAAUAAAAAAAGUAUUUUCCUUAUCACUUACAUUUCAUGUAUAGUGUUACAGCAGAAAAUCCAGUUUAGGUAUAAGGCUGCUGUAGAAUUUGAUAUGGAGAAAGUCUGUUUUCUAGUUUUUGUUACCACCUUGUUAAGGUUUGCGCACACGAUGAGCGUUGAGUCGUAUAACUCCACCAUGACAAACACUGGAACAGAGGAUUUAGGACUGAUGCCAGCUCUGUAUUAUAUGAAUAAUUUGUGCAGUCGGAAAUUAAUUCUCGAAAGCCGAGACGCCAUACGUGUUUCGCCGUGGACAAGCGGUUACCCACCACAAACUAUGACAUGCGUAGUCGGGAUAGAUGGUAGUUUCAUAGGUCACCAGUUUCAAUUUGUCAUCACAUUCAAGAAGAUGAGUUUGUAUCGUAAAACCUCGAAUCUGUGUCAGCGAUCUAGGCUGGAUCUUUACAACGGAGCGUCAACACACCCAUUAGACCAGAUAAGUGAUGCAGCAGGUUUGUGUGGGACAACAACUGACCAUGUUGCUUACGAGACGGACACGAACUUUCUGACAAUGAAAUACGCUACGGUCAAUCUGCCAUAUGGACAAUGGCAGAACUUUGAAUCAGUUAUCACACCAUUUCAUUACGGUCCUUGCGCAGCCGACGAGUUUAGAUGCAGUAAUAAAAAGUGUAUCAAGAACAACAUGAAAUGUGACUCCUACAACAAUUGUGGAGACGACAGCGAUGAGCUUGAAUGUGUAAUUGCCCUGACCAUUGCCGCCAUUAUUGGUAUAGUGAUCGGAUGUAUUGUUUUCGUCGCCAUUGUUGCGUCAGUUAUCGUCUGCUGUUGUUGCUGCGGCUGGUGUGCAAUAUUUAGUACUUAUCAAAAGUUAUAAAAUAUGACGUAUUCAACUCGGCUUGAAAAUUUAUUUGUCUGUACAGAAGUGACCAACUUAUAUUGAAUAUUGAGAUAUUUAAAACUUGAAAUGACGAUUUGUGCAAUAAACCAUGAAAGUUA